GGUCGCGCUCAUGUGACGUAAUCGGGAGGCGCGGUUGCCUGGGCCGCCGAUGCCGCUCGUUCGCCGAGGAGUGUGAGGAAGAUGCGGGAGCAGAGUGAGGAAGAGCAGCGGCUGUUGCUGUUGAGGAAGAGGGUGGUGGCGCUACAGGCCUGUGUCAGAGGUUACCUGACCCGGAAGCGAUUUCAGAGCUUAAAGGGGGAAUAUGAGAGCAUCGUCAAGGAGAUUGAAGGGGGUCUGGAUUGUCUGCAGUGGAACAGGCGUUCUGUGCUAACACCGGUGUUUCUCCAAAAGCCUGUCCAGAAACCAAUAAAAACUGCGAAAUUAAGCGGCCAAGAGCUAGGAGCCAACAACAGUGAGUCGCAUAAAAAAGAGGCAAAACUUUGUUGUCAAGAGGAGUUACAAUCUGAGAACAAGUGUGAUCGUGAGGUGCAGCUUCCAAGCAGGCUUCCAGCUGAGGCGGUGGCAGAAACUGAGGCUGACGAGGAGCGUCUUGUGGGCAAGCCCUCUGGGAAUACCUGCAGCCUGCCAGGAGACAGCGAGGAACGCAAGGACCACAGCUUCACAUCCUCUGAAUGGAGCAGCACAAUCCUGGAGAUGGAGGCUCCAAGGCUGAGUCAGGAGCAUCACUUCCAAAAAGGACCAGAGAUGCCCCAAACGGUGCCUGACCUCCAUCGCUGCCGUAAGCACCUGGCCAUGGAGCUGCUGUGGCUGCAACAAGCGAUCGCCAGCCGGAAGAAUUAUUUGACGCUGAAGCAGAAGUUGGGGAGCCCAGAGUGACUGCUGGCUUGAAGCGGAGGGUGUAAGGCUCAUGGUCCUGUUUGCACAGAAAUGGAAGCACCUGGCCUUACCAGCCAUCAGUGGGAAGGAGAAAGUAUGGGGGAGCAACACUCUCUCUGUUUACAGAGGAGGGCUUCUUGCUUGGAGAUGGCCACUCCACACGCCGCCACCACCCCGGAUCCUGAUCAGGCUCAGCUUUGAUACUUAGGAAAGCAACAGUGAAGAUUCUCUUCAGAUUGUUCAUGUCAAAUAUCUGCCUGUUGUGGAUGCGUUUUGUGGAACAGCAAUAAAGAAGAACAGGGCUCCUUGUGGAAGGCUCAGACCCAUUUCUACAGGCUGAUAAUUAGGUUUCUAGGGGCAGAGGAACCUACAAAGUCAUAGAUUUGGCCUGAGCACAGAAAAGCAGGUCAGGGCUCUGAGCUUUCCUGGCUCUAGCUCCAGGCCAAGACUGGCCCAGGUCUACUGUGCUGUCACAUUCAUAGAGGACAUCACUUCCAGCCAGGGGAGAAGCAGGGAGCCUUCCUUCUGGAAGCAUCUCUAGCUAGUAGUUUCUGUGGCAGUCAGCCAGUCACCUGGACUCUUUAGUCAUGCCAUACCUAACUUGCCUAGAGCCAUGAACUUAAGAGACCAGUUAGACCACUUUAGCAAUCUCUUUUUGUACAGAGCGCUCUGCAACAGAGCUGCAUGAUUAGCAGAGCAUGCCUCUUUCUUCUUGUGACUUAAAGUGCUUCAACAGCUUUGCAUAUAAGCCCACGUAAGUUGCUAGCUCCCAGUAAUUCCUUGCCUGCCUGCCUGUUCUUACAUACCUGUUAGUCAUUUUUGACCUAAAUUAGAAGCCUGACUUCUGUAAAGCUUCCCUAAUUGGUUGACUGGAGCUGAAUCUUUUUCAUUCUGGGUGACUGAAUUCCUGUUUAGAAAGGCUGGGUUUUAGGACAUGACUCCUUGUUUGUUAAGUAAAAUUACUAGUUCUGUUGAUAAAAGCUGCUGGUGGGCAUGUGGUUCAUCUGGGACCUAUGAUCAAUUAUGGUGGCCUUGCCCCAAGGUCACUGUGUUCUGGAAUAAAGUUUUCAGAUAAAUUGGUAAUAUUACAACAUAAGAGACUGCACCGGAUCCUAAACUGGCUUUUUGAUGACUCCACUUAUACUUGAUUUGCUCUAUAAGAAUUUCAUUUCAUUUUUAUUAACUGCUGCAAAGCUGACCAUAGGAAACACUGGCGAUUUCUGGACACUGGUUUCCUACAGGGGUGCACACUGCUCAUAGGGGGAAAACUGACUUGGCAUGUACGAAAUAGAUGGACCAAGACCAACCCUUCAGUAUUUUCUGAAACUUGGUUUAUUUUCCCUCAGUAUGCUAUAACCCAUGAACGUGGUUUUUGUGCCCCCUCCCUCCAGCUAUGGCACAUAGCACCCUCUGGAAAGAUACCUUUGGUUAAAUCAUACCAUUUAUAUUUUUGUUCUUAAUAUACAAUACAUGGCUGUCUCUUCUCUCAUUUUAUUACUUAUUUAAAGUUAGAAAGUCUGUGUAAGGGCUACAUACAACGUAGGCUCCUGAUGCUGCUUGGUUACUGUCAGCCAGAGACCACGCUAGACUCAAGGGGUGAGCAACCUUUUUUUUCUGUUGGGGCCCACAUUCCCUCGGGGGAUAAUCUGUUGGGUGACGCAUGGCAGUGGUGGAGGGCACUGGAUGAUGGGCAGAGCCACAGGCAAAAGUGUCCAGAAUAAAGACCAUCCUCCCAUCAGUUUUCACCAUGGCUACCUUAUAUUAGAAUUUCCAAGUGGAUGGCGGUCUACUCAGAAGUCAGAUCCACCAGGUCUGAUGGGGUUGCUCUCAGUUAUGCAGAGGAUUUUUUUUUUAGUACAACAGACUAAUACAGCUACUUUUCUGGAAAACAAGUGAAAGUAAUUCCUUUCUGCCUUUAGUGUGCUGUGUAUAUAUAGGACAGAUAUGACCCAAACCUACCAAAUCAAAUCUACCAAUGUGAUGGGAUGUGUAUUCUGUCGAAUUCUUUUUUCCUUAAGCCAUGCAGCCAGGAAAAAAUA